AUGGAGCUGUCCACGACACUCGACAGUUGGGACUUUGGAGGUUACAUGACCCUACUACAGUGUUGGAUUUACGAGCACUUCCCUAGGAUCUGUAAGCGGGGUCAUAGAGGAGCGGUUCCUGCACAUCUUCCAAGAGCAUGUAGGUGGACUGCAAAACAUGUUGUUGAAGGUGGAUUGAUGGCAUAUCGUCGGAGACUUGAUGCAUUGUUUCUCGAGGAUGUAGUGUUUACACCAUAUGAUGAUGAUCGAGCUAAUCAUCUGUUUGUAUCGAUUUCGAUGUUUUCUGGAUAUCUUCGAUGUGGUGGAGUCUCAGUCCCAUAUUUGCCAGAGCGAUGUCUUCGACAGUUUGGUCGUAUUCAGUGCAUUUCGUGUGACGUUUCUUCGAUGCCGAACAAUAUAGAUUGGGUCUGGCAGACUACUAUGAGAUCAGCUGUAGAGGCCUUUCGAAGACUAUAUCAUGUUGCGACUUUUCCUGGAGAGGUCAAUGUAGACUACUAUGCAUGGUACAUUAGUGUUUCACAUCAUUUGAUUCUCCCUCCAUCCACUGUUGCACCUUCGAGUCCACAUACUACUGCUGCUGCACAUGCUGAUCUAUCAUCUUCUGCACAUGCUGCUACUACACAUGUUGGUCCAUUAGAGCGAGACCGUAGAGCAGCUGAGCUUGUACGUAGGACCAUAAAUUUGGUAACUCCAUUUAGUGAAAUUCAUAUUAAGUGA